AUGGAUUACUAAAAUUAAGAAAUAGGUAAAGUUAUUAGCGAAAACUUCAGAAAUAUUCCUGAUUUCCCUUAACCUGGUAUUAUCUUUAAAGAUAUUGCUCCUCUCCUCUCUAAUCCUGCCAUUUUUAAGCGUAUUACUGAUGCUUUUGUAAUUGCUUUGAAGGACAUUGAUUUUGAUAAAAUUGUUAUCUUAGAAUCUAGAGGUUUUAUUUUUGGAACCGCUAUUGGUUUACAAAUGGGAAAGGGAUUAAUUUUAAUCAGAAAGAAAGGCAAACUACCUGGUAAGGUUGAAUAAUUCUCAUUCGACUUAGAAUACGGUAAGGAUGUUUUUGAAAUUCAAAGUGAUGCUUUAGCUAAAGGUGAAAAAGUUGUUAUUGUUGAUGAUAUUCUAGCUACUGGUGGAACUGCUGAUGCAGCUUGCAGAUUAGUUGAAAAGGUAGGAGGAGUAGUAUAAGCUGUUAUGUUCCUUUACCAAAUUAAGGAUCUUAAGGGCGAAGAAAGAUUAUCUAAAUACAAGGUUAUUAAUCUUCAUAUUGAAUGA